CGAGUGUUCAUUGUCGUGUCACGUGGCUCCGGUUCAUCUUCGGCAGCUCAAAAAACGUAUAAUUAGUUAUAGUGGUGAUUGGGGUGUUAAGGCCUAAGAACGAUCAACCUUUGGUUUGCUUAUAAACAAUCAAAUCACAGAAUCUUCUGCGAGGGCUGCCGAGAUCGAGACACAGUGCGGGCCUUUAGUACAAAUGUAGACCCCAAACUGGCAACACUCAGUUCUUGCGUUGUGCUACCCUUCGGCAGCAUGCCGGGGCCUAGAGGCCAGCUUUUGUUUACAAUGCACACAGUUACAAUUCGAUAAAGCUCAGUUUAAAAAACAAACAGUGAUAUAAACGAUUCUAGUCAUGUCGUGUGGGUACUAACUCGCGAUGAUGGAAGCAAAUUGGCUCUUUGUGACCUUUGUGACGGUGUCCUUCCUCAUCGGUGCCGCGGGCAACCUGGCGGCGUUAUGGAUCCUCUACAAAACCGCCAAGAGGAGAAACAGGAAGCAUGUGCUUCUGUUGAGGUGUCUCGCCACGAAUGAUUUAGUUGCCCAAGUCGGAAUGUUACUCUUGAGCAACCUGAAAAAGUACGACCUUUUGCCGGAUUACUGGUCAUGUAUUGGCUUCGUGCUGUUUCGGGCCUUUGGACUGGGUUCGGGGUGUGUAGCGUUUGUUAUGGCCCUUGAAAGAUGGCUUGCCCUUACUAGGCCCUUCUUCUAUCAUCAGCUAGUCUCUUAUCAAGUGUUGAAAAGGUUCUUAUGCUGUCUGUGGUUGAGUGCAGUGUUCCUCACAUAUCUCCCUUUAUUUGGAUUCGGUCUGUACUAUGAUCAGGAUGCGGAACAAGGAAAAGGAAAGUGUAUCCGGUUUAGAUACGCAGACGAUCUCAAAGACAAAAUAUAUGCGUACCUAUUUUUCACUUUCGGGUCGACGCUGUGUUUGUGUAUUGCCCUGUGCAAUUCAUCGGUGGUUUGGGAACUUUCCAGGAUCAGGUCCCAAGGUAAAGUCCUUGUUAGGAGAGUGAGUAGGUCCAUUAUUAGUAACCGCGUGGGAUGCACUCGCUAUCAAACACCAGAAGAGGUCGCUUUUGCGAAAUUAAUGGCUAUCGUUUGUGUCAUAUUUAUUGUCUGCUGGGGACCUCAAGUAAUAGCUGUUCCCAUCGCCCAAUUUCUUCCCGAGUCUAAAUCGUCGAGGGCGUUCACAAAAAUCGCGGACAUUCUACUGUGUGUGUACUUCACUCUAGACCCAUUUGUUUAUGUACUGCAGAACUAUAUGGAAGGGAGAUUUAUUUUGCCGUGCUGUUUUUUCAAACGGUCUAUGAAUAGUCUCCCCACCACCACCACGACUACCCUGGGAACUCCUACUUCCGUACUUUUAAAUCCUCCUUCGUUUACAAUCCCGGCGAAUAUGUAAAUUUUAACCUUUCUUAUUACCUUUGACUUAUAGAGCGAGCCAAAAAAUGCUCCCCGAAAAAAACUGAACUCGUUCCGCAGGAUUUGCAACGAGAACGAGGCUAAUUUCGGCUUACGCUCGGCUUCUAAUUUUCUUUUGCCGGCCUUUGACUCUUAUUACUGUCCAAGUGACUGAUUAGUGUCUUAAGAUAUACCUGCACAAUUAUUUGCGUUUAACUAACAAGCUGUUUAGAUCUAAUCUAAUUUUAAUGUAGAAGACUUAAUUUGUUAAAUAUAUAAAUUGUAACUCUUCUGAUUAAAACAAGCUCUUAUUAAACGUUUGUAAUAUUUAAAGAAUUGUUCAAAUUUUACUUGGGUUUCAAAUUUUUUCAACAAACCUUCGAUUUGUUAUCCUGGAUAUCAUUAUUGGUUUAAAAUGUAUGUUGGAAAUGAACUCGCAAUAUAUAAAGAAAAAUUGAGUGAUGCAUCUUUUACUUGACUUUUCAUUUUUUUCAACAAACCUUCGAUUUAGUUCUGGAUGGCAACACCACUUUUAUUUAAAUUUAACUUUCUCACAAUAAAAAAAAUUAAUUUGAAUAUCAAUCUACCGCGUUGAUUUCCUCGUUACUCUAUUUGUCUUCUUUGUUUUGAAGUACAUAACCCAAAUUUAUGGAAAAUCGAUGGAAAAUCAAGAUAGGCCGAUAUUGCUUGUUUGCUCAAAAUUUAUCUGUUUCACUGCUCGCCUUCAUUACCAAUCUUAUAUACAAGGCCCACCCGUAUGUUUUUGGACAAUAUAUCAAAAUUUACUAAUUUGUAUCACAUAAUACAAGAUUCCGGAAUCUAAGAGUUGGUAAAAUUUAAAAAUAAUACCCCAAAAGUAUUGUUUGUAUUUAAAAUAUAAUUAGAUGGUGUGAUUUUUUUAUUUUCUGUAUGUCUUCAUGAAUGGAAAUGGUAUGUGUUAUGUAGUAUUUAUUUUUGUACCUAAUUUUUCAACGAACGUUUAAAAAAAUUAAGCCAGAGCUUAAAUUUUUUAAGUAAAUGAGAUUUGAAGUAACUCAUGCUCGUGGGCGUAGUUAGAAAAUAAUUUCAACUUUCAAUAACACUACGACUAAAAUUAACAAUUUUCUGAUAGUGCCCAUUAAGUAUCGAUUAACUAAACUGCCAUAUUAUAAUCUAUGGUUUAUAUAAAUUUAUAUAAACAUCUAUUUUUCUAAAAGCAAAGAUAUCUAGAUACGUACUAUUUAUUUUCUUUCCGUAGAUAUAUCUACUGCAUAUCACUGACUUUGACAUAAUGACGUAUCCAAUCAUAUUAAAAUAUUAUAUACAUAUGGAAAACUAUGAUUACUAAUAAGUAGUGUCAUUGUACUAAAAAAAUAUUGUUCUCGU